AUGCAGCGACCGACGGCAGUGGCCGCGCUGCCGAUGGACUGUGCCAUCGCCGACCUAGGCCAGCUGAGUGCCAUGCGGCUCUGUGCCAAGCCGGGGCAGGACGUCCGUGGCGCCCUGCGCCAUCUCGUCCAGGACCUCGACGCGACUGCCCCGUUCGCCGACCAUAGCGGCAACGACAGUCCACGCUGCACGCAGGACGACUCAGACCUGUCUGCGGUGCCAUCGCACGCGAGCCUGGCGCGAAACCGGGUCGGCAAGCCGAUGCGUCGGUUCUCAUCGGCCGUGCCGCCACGUGCAUCGCGCACCGUGCUGCAGCUGCCCGAUGCACUGUACCUUCCCGUCGAGCAGCUCGAUUGGGAACAGGAUAUUGUAUGGGGCGACGCGCCUUGCUUGGGACCCGCGCCAGCAAUGACAUUGGGGGAGGACACGUUGCAGUGCCCACGGAACGCGGGUCGGGCCACUCGGAGCACACGGCUGCACCACGACAUAGAUAGCAGCCGGAGCUGUACACCGCAGCCGCUAGAAGCAGCACUAGAAGUACCGUUUGACAUGACCCGUCCGCGCACGUAUCGCUGGGAAGUCCCGCCUUAUCCCGGACAGAGCUCACGCAGCGAGCCACCAUCGUCGCUCGCGUGUCCUCUGAACCCGUCGUUGGACGACGGCGCGUGGCUCGACGCCGUCGCGUGGGACUGCUGCCUCGACAUGCCACCGUCCCAGAUCAUCCUCGAUGUGAACGAUGCACAUAUCGUGCUUAUAUCGUCGCCGGCGAAGAGACCUCCGUUGCACAUUCCGAGACGGCCGGUCGGGAUCUUUGAGAGACGCUUGGAGGCGCGUCGGAUCGAAGAGCCAGGAAAGGAGGGACGGCUCCGAGUGGCGAUCGACACCUUGGCGUUCGACGACGCGACGGCCGCUGUCGCAGCCAACGAGCGUACCACGACGCACCGCCGCCGUCGUCACCACAUGGCCAGUUUGCACCACAUGGCGAGUGUGCACCACUCGGUUCCGGCCAUGCAGCUCGCGUGGGCGACACCCGAGCUCUCGCCGCAGCAGCUCCGCGACCUGCACCGGCGGCGCGGCACGUUUUGCAUGAACGAGCGCCUCGUCAUCGCGCCCGCCAGCGACGCGACGCCGGCAGAAGCCGCGCCCGUCCUGACGGCCUCCGACUUGAACCCAACGCGAGGCGGAAAGCUCCUUCUCCUCGAGUACGUGGAGCAGAACCCGCCGGUGCUGUCGCGUCCCGGCAUGGCGUCGCGCCUCCUGCACUACUGGCGUCCGUCUAGCGAGGCGCCAGCGCCACCCAGCGUGGAGCUGGGCGACGUCGUGACGCUGGACGCCAACGACGACACGCCGUUCCUCGGCGACGUGCCAGCUGGGACCGUGGUCUCGUCGCUCCACUCGAAUCUCGCCAAGAUCCCGAUCUUCCAGCACAGGCCGCGCGCGUCGAUGCUCGAGGCCGUUGACGACUUCGAGUACUUUCUCCUCGUGCGCACAUUCUCUGGUACUAGUAAGCGUGGCGCCACCGCCUUGUCGUUGAUGGAGCUGCCACCGGUCUUUGUCGCGGGCCAAGUCGAGCCGCAGAUGGAGGUACCGGCACCCGGUUCGCGCGCCGCCAACAACUUUGUCAAGCCGUACAUGUCAUUGCACGUCCUGCGCCUCUUCAAAGAGGCCAGCAACGGCGGCGAGCACAUUUUGAUGGACGCCGUCCAGCGCCUCUUUCCGAGCCAGUCGGUCACGGCCGUCCGUAAAUGCCUCAAGGAACUCGCCACCUUUAAGCGCGACGCGGGCGGGUGGACGCAAAAGGCAGCGCACGAGCGCGUCACCGACGAUGCGGUCCGGGCCAUGCUGACGCCAGAGUCCGUCUGCCUCUACGAAAGCCACUUGUGCGGCCUCCGCCGGCUCGUGGACAUGGGUCUCUCGCAGCUAACGAGCUCGACGGACGUCGCGAAAGCGAUCCAGCAGCUCACCACGCGUCUCCGCGACCGUCAGAAGCAGCUCCAGACGCGAGUGCUCGACGGCUUUUCCAAGCGAGAGCUCAAGCAGGCGUUGUUUGCGCUCGACCCCGUGGUUAGGAAGCUCAAGCACGACAUUCAGAUUGCGCGGUCGAUCGAGCUGCAGCUGGAGCGCACGCCGUGGCAGUGGACCCGCAACUAUAUCGAGUGUCAUUUGCAAGGAAAAGGCAUGCUCCAGCUCACGGGCGAUGGCGACCCGUCGGCCUGUGGCGAGGGCUUUAGCUUUCUUCGCGCCCCGGUGAAGCGAGGCGAGCUGUCGACAUCGGCGUCGCUCCUCUCGGGCACAUCGGCGGAUCUGCGAAAGCUCAAAAUGAAGCAAGCAGGGGAUGUGCUCAGGGCGUUCGGGAUGGACGACGCCGCGAUCCAGAAACUACCGCGCUGGGAUCGCAUCGCGAUGAUCCGGACUCUCAGCAUCAAAGGCUCGCAGCGCGGCGACAUCGGCCUCGACAAGUUUGUUCGUGGCGGCCGCAAGUCGCUCCACGCGCAGCACCAAGCGUACUUGGCGCGGUGCGACCAGCGCUAUCGUGCACAGAUCGACGCGCUCUCAAGCGACCAGGUGAUAGACGAUCAGAACGACAGGGACAGUGAUGACGACGUCGACCUGGAGCACGAUGUGUUUGGCGCAAACGGAGACGACCUUGUGACCGCACGCCCCACAACGGGUCUUCACAACCUCUUUACGAAAGACGGCAAUCGGUCGCAGCGCUCGGCGCUGGUCUUGCAAGCGCGCGACGAUGCCGCCGAGCUCGAGAACCUCAAGCGCGAUAUGGCCGACACGUCGGGUGGGAGCAGACAUGGCAGCAGCAGCAGCAGUCGGUCCACUCGGCUUUUUGCAACUCUGUUGACGCAGGCGAGGGCGGCGGCGACUGCCUCCCCACCGGCAGAGCGCCGCCAAGCGAUCAAGCGCGUCACGCGCACCGUGCACGAGGACGGCACAGAAACUGUCAAGAUCGAGUUCAUUGUGGACCCGACUGCAGUGCAGCUGUACACGGCCAACGCAGUCCAGAUGCUCAAGAUGGACCAAGCCGCCAAAGUCAGUCGCAGCAGCGACAAGAGCUCCCACGCAGCGUCGGGCAGUAGCCCAAGCAGCGCAUCUACCACUCCAUCGCGCCCUGCCAAGCAACAGAAGCGCCGACACGAGAUUUCUGCAUCGCUGGACGAGCACGGGGCCAGGAAGCGAUCCAAGCAGAGUUUCUCGCGCCUGCCAAUCGCACGCCUCCACGCGUACUUGGAAAACGUGUUUUACCAGCUGAUUGCGAUGCCCGAGAGCGUCCACCUUCGCGACAGCAAGCAGACGGAAGGCGGUGCGACGAUGGACCUCCAGCGCAUGCGCCGCAAGCUGAGCGAUCUCGCGUACGACUCGGUGGAGUCGUUUGUGAACGACAUCGCGCUGAUGGCCACGAGUGCGGUUCUUGAUGAUGACGACACGAGCGAUGACGCAGGCAGCGUCAGCCAGGUCGUCGCAAAGGCCACCGAGGCGCUCCUGGCCCUCGACGACGAGCUUCGCCCCCUCGAACGGCAAUUGCGCGCGCGUCGUCACUCAACCUUGCCCGAGUCGUAA